GCUGUCCUUCAUUAUUUAAACUGGACAUCACAGCGGUGAUCCGCCGGAGGUCCCACUCGGCUGCUGAAGUGGAUGCAUCCUGCGGGACUGAGUGAGCAGUGAAAUGAUUUGAUCCUCGCUGUGGGUCGACCCGUUCGGUUUUGUUGAGGACUGGAGGGAGCAUGAAGUUUGCGGUUGCGGCGCUGUGGUUCUCCCUGGCUCUCGGGAGGGCUACUAUGCAAGCUCAGGAGGACUUUGUGUCGCUGGCGGAGAUGGAGGAUUCCUUGUUGAAGAACCUCUUCCGGGGUUACCAGAAGUGGGUACGGCCUGUCCAGCACGCCAAUGACACCAUCACUGUACGCUUCGGACUCAAAAUCUCACAGCUGGUUGAUGUUGAUGAAAAGAACCAGCUGAUGACUACAAAUGUCUGGCUCUGGCAGGAGUGGGUUGAUGUGAAGCUGAAGUGGAACCCAGAUGACUACGGAGGCAUCACCUCCAUCAGAGUGCCUUCAGAGACUAUAUGGCUGCCUGACAUUGUCCUGUAUGAAAAUGCGGACGGUCGCUUCGAGGGUUCCCUGAUGACCAAAGCCAUUGUGCGCUGGGAUGGCACCAUAACGUGGACUCCACCUGCCAGCUACAAGUCCUCCUGCACCAUGGACGUGACUUUCUUCCCCUUCGACCGACAGAACUGCUCCAUGAAGUUCGGCUCCUGGACUUACGACGGAAACAUGGUGGACUUGGUCCUGGUGGAUCACUACGUGGACCGUAAAGACUUUUUCGAUAAUGGCGAGUGGGAGAUCCUCAAUGCCACAGGAGUGAAGGGGAGCAGGAGGGAUGGGGUGUACUGGUACCCGUUUGUCACCUACUCCUUCAUCCUCAAGAGAUUGCCCUUGUUCUACACCCUCUUCCUCAUCAUCCCAUGCCUCGGUCUGUCCUUUCUGACUGUGCUGGUGUUCUAUUUGCCAUCAGACGAAGGAGAGAAACUCUCACUUUCCACAUCUGUACUGGUGUCACUCACUGUGUUCCUCCUGGUCAUAGAGGAAAUCAUCCCUUCAUCCUCAAAGGUAAUCCCACUGAUCGGAGAGUACCUGCUCUUCAUCAUGAUAUUUGUCACCUUCUCCAUCAUCGUUACCGUCUUUGUCAUUAACGUCCACCACCGCUCCUCUGCAACCUACCACCCCAUGGCUCCCUGGGUAAAGAGCCUCUUCCUUCAGAGACUGCCCAGACUGUUGUGUAUGAGGGGUCACACUGACAGAUACCACUAUCCAGAUAUUGAGAUGCGCAGCCCCGAGCUGAAGCCUCGCAGGGGCGCAGGGAAGAGGGGGGUUCCUGGCCACAGUGGCAGCCAGCAGAGAGGCCCCCUCGGAGGGAAGGAGGAUGAGAACCAAGCCUGGCUGGCCAUGCUGGAGAAAGCCACGAAUUCAGUCCGCUACAUUAGCCGUCACAUCAAAAAGGAGCACUUCAUUCGAGAGGUAGUACAAGACUGGAAGUUCGUGGCUCAGGUGUUGGACAGGAUUUUCCUGUGGGCCUUCCUCACAGUGUCAAUACUAGGAACUAUCCUAAUCUUCACCCCUGCUCUGCAGAUGUACCUCAGCACACCUUCAUGAACACACACACACAUAUUCACAAAUGCUCUCCAACAGCUCAGUCCUGUUUUCCAGUUUGUCUUUGACUAUGAUUUAUUGAUAAAGCUCAGUAAAACAUUCAUACUGUAUACAUAUUUUUGUUGUAGAAACAAGCUCGAGCUACAAACUUUUGCCUCCCGACAGUAUGGUUUGACUACUGGAAGCUGUAAUGUUCUAGAUACAAUUUGUCAUUCGUUGUAAGGUGCGAGCACAGCAGUGCAAAGGAGUGAAAGCAAUACGCAGGUUAUAGUAGCGUGUAUGAUUUGAAUAUCCAUGUUUGUAUAACUGUAACUUUAUAAUUAUACAUGCAACAACAUGCACGAUAUCACUCCAUGAAUAAUGAGUUGUUUUGUGUGUCACAUGCACCUUGUCGUCCAGUCAGCUGUACUCUACUGUAUGUGCUGUAAUGGUGAUCACAAGAAAAAGAAAACUGAUGUACAAAAUCAAUUUUCCAGU